GGUGGGCUAAUGGCGCAACAGCUACAUCCCAACCCACGCCAUGGCCGCCCUCUAUAUAAGCAGCGGAGCCCUGCGAGCCUCCUCACCAGCCGAGCGAUCGCAGAGCUCAGAGCACUCGCCUACACACCGGCAAUGGCGGCCCGGCUCGUCGUCGCGUUCCUCGCCGUGUCCUCUGGCUUCUUGGCCGUGUCGGGCCAGAAGUUCAACGCCAUCUUCAGCUUCGGCGACUCCAUGUCCGACACCGGCAACCUCUGCGUGAACGGCCCUCCCGCCGGCCUGACGCUCACCCAGCCGCCCUACGGCGAGACCUUCUUCGGCCGCGCCACCUGCCGCUGCUCCGACGGCCGCCUCGUCGUCGACUUCCUCGCCGAGAAGUACGGGCUGCCGCUGCUGAAGCCGUCGAAGCAGGGCGGCGCCGACUUCAAGAAGGGCGCGAACAUGGCGAUCAUCGGCGCGACGACCAUGGACUCGAACUUCUUCCAGUCGCUGGGCAUCGCCGACAAGAUCUGGAACAACGGGCCCCUCAACACCCAGAUCCAGUGGUUCAAGCAGCUGAUGCCCUCCAUCUGCGGCUCCACACAGGCCUGCAAGUCGUACCUGUCCAAGUCCCUGUUCGUGCUCGGCGAGUUCGGCGGCAACGACUACAACGCCCAGAUCUUCGGCGGCUACUCCCCGGAGCAGGCGAGCGGGCAGAGCGGCACCAUCGUGGACGCCAUCGGCAAGGGCGUGGAGCAGCUCAUCGCCCUGGGCGCCACGUACGUGGUGGUCCCGGGCGUCCUCCCCGUGGGGUGCUUCCCCAUCUACCUGACGCUGUACCAGACCUCCAACGCCGGCGACUACGACCAGUACGGCUGCCUGAAGCGCUUCAACGCGCUGUCCGCCCGCCACAACCAGCUGCUCCAGAGCAAGGUGUCGAGCCUGCAGGGCAGGUACCCCGGCGCCCGGAUCAUGUACGCCGACUUCUACAGCCACGUCUACGACAUGGUCCGGAGCCCCGGCAGCUACGGGUUCAGCACGAACCUGAGGGCCUGCUGCGGCGCCGGCGGCGGCAAGUACAACUACCAGAACGGCGCGCGGUGCGGGAUGGCCGGCGCGUCGGCGUGCGGCAACCCGGCGUCGUCGCUGAGCUGGGACGGCAUCCACCUGACGGAGGCGGCGUACAAGAAGAUCGCCGACGGGUGGGUCAGCGGGGCCUACUGCCACCCGGCCAUCGGGGCCUAGACGGGAGCUCCAGAGGAACCAAGGGCUGGCUGGCUGGCUGGUUUGGUGGAUGGCUCAUUGGCUCCUCAAGUUAGGGGAGGGGGAUCGGAUGAUUAAUUGUUUGGUUUCUCUAGCUGGAAAACAAGAAGAUGAUCUGGGAGAAUAAUCAAUGAAGCAUAAUUUUCUUGCGUUCAUCAUGUGACAGCGAUGCCAAGACCACUUGCGUAGUGUGCUAUUAGGAGGCUGUUUACGUUGUUGGAUUUUAUUUCUAAAUUCGGCUGGAAUUCGGGACAUGACAUGCACAAAUCGUACUAAAAUCAUCCUCA